AUGACAACCGAACAACGAUACUGGAAGCUUGACAAGUUUGGUCCCACGAACUGGGUGCUGACUCUGUCCAACCCACCCGACAACCGCCUGCCGCCCAACGUCAUCGUUGAUCUGCUUCAACGGCUGGACGAAGUAGAAGCCGCCUGGCGCAGUGCAUGGGACAAGGCCCCCGACGACAAGAAGCCGGGCGGCUCCGUCGUUUUCGCCAGCGACAGCAAGAAAUUCUGGAGUAACGGCCUCGACCCCACUAAACUCACCAGCCCGGCGUUCAUGCAGCAUGCUCUUUACCCACUUCAAUCCCGUGUCAUGACCUUCCCGCUUAUUACCAUCGCGGCCAUUAACGGGCACUGCUUCGCCGGAGGCAUGCUGCUUGCGUUGUGCUGUGAUUACCGUCUCAUGACGACUGGACGAGGAUGGAUGUCGAUGAACGAGGUGAGUCACCCUGGCAAACUGUCACCAGCCCUGUCCGGAGCUGACGGCCAGCUCCUGAUCGGAGAGCCCAUUCCAUCCGACGUAAGCAACGUGCUGAAGGCGCGUAUUUCGCCCACCUACUGGACGAAAGUCAUCCUGGCGCACCGCUGGACGGCGCAGGAGGCCUUAGCAGCGGGCAUCAUCGACGAGACAGUGGACAAUGACGGGCCAAAUGCGGGCAACCUCCUGAAGCGGGCGAAGGAAAUGGCGCUCGCAAAAGGCCCGGUCAUCCACACUGGCGUCUGGGGUGCAAUCAAGGCCGGCACCAGUGUCCCCGUUACAGACAAGCCAAUCCGCCAGCGCAUCGCGUAUCGCCCCGAGGAGGAGAGGAUCAUGUUCAAGAAGAAGCUGGCGACGGCCAAGUUCCGCGCCUCCAAGUUGUAA